UCGCGCGCAAAAAAAGCAAACAACCACUGGUGAACUCGCUGGUGGCCAUGGCAUAGCCGAUGUGAUGGGCCAUGGGACUGGAGUCCUGGCCCAGCUCCCCCCGGCGCACCAGCAGGGCAGCCUUUCGAUGCCAGUGCUCACAGCGCACAAAGGCCUUCGAUGAAUCCUACCCCGUCAAGCUGGUUGUCUUUGACUUUGACGAAACUCUAACGUUAAUCACGUAUUUGCUCGAAGAUGGCGACACGGAGGAGAUGCAGGCACAGAUCGUGAAGACAAACUUCCAGUCACCGUGGGUGAAAGGGGACAGGGUAAGUCACCUCAAGAGCAUGCUCAAUGACCUGGCUGUGUCGGCCACUGGUAUCCGGCGCGCGCGCACGGUGCUAACGAAGAACCAUGCCGGUGCAAAAGCUGUGCUCCAGCUUCUUCAUGUCGCUGGUUUGGCACCGUGCUUCGACGCCAUUUGGGCCUUGCAGCCCUUGGGCGGGCUUUACAGGCUCGAUGAGCAGUGGCUGGAGAUGAUAAUUGCUCCGGAUAUGUGUCACAAAGCUGACCUAUUGGCUGCAGUGGCAGAGCGGCCUGCAGACUUCCUGCCACAAGUGGCUAGUGGUGAUUGGAAGGAUCUGGAGAGCCUCAAGAUGGAAGGGAUCGUCCUUGUGGAUGAUCAGCGUGCGAAUUUCCAGAGCCCAAGCGGCAUGCAGGUGCUGCGCUUUUGCAAGGUGGCACGUUACGAUGCCUACUACCGAAACCUGGGCUAUGUGCAAAACAUGGGAGGCAUCGGGGCCCACAGCUUCGAGGACUUCCAGGCGCUGAAGCUUUUUGUGGAGGAGCCCUCUGCGCACAAGGAGACAUUUCGCUUGCAGUGCACACAAAUGCCCAUGGAAGAAGCUAGCUCGAGAUGCCCCGUUGAGCUCAUCAUCUUUGACUUGGACGAAACCCUCACGCUGGCGACCUUUAUGCCGUCCAGCCCGGACUUCGUGGACAACAUGGCCUGGGACGCUGGCUCGCAGGACUCGGAAUGGCGUGCAGAUGAUUUGCUGGCGUACAACUUCGAGUCCCCCUUCCUGCGGGGGAGCCGGGUCGCUCUGCUCAAGGAGAUGCUGCGGGAGCUCUCGCAGAAGUAUAUCCUGGCCAUUUUAUCCCGCAACGAGUGCGGAGCCAUUGCGGUGCUGAACCUUCUUCGCCUUGCAGAUGUGGCUGACUUCUUCCAUGCCAUUUGGACCAUGCCUUUUAGCUCGCAUCGGGCCUGCGCACUCUUUCGCAGUGGAUCCUGGGAACGGUUCGAGCCUCCUCUCGAGGUGGCAGACCAAAAAGUUGAUGUGCUGCAUCACAUUGUGGGACAUGCAGAAAAAUGGUUCCCCCAGAUUCAGCGAGAGGAACGCUUCCAGCGGCUUCGGUCACUUCAGCUUGCCAACGUCAUCCUGGUGGAUGAUGAGCGCGAACAUUUGCAAAGUGCUGAGAAGGCCGCUGUGAGGUACUGCAAGGUCGCGCGCUACGAUGAGGUCUACCGCAACUGCGGGCCUUUGAAUCAGCUCGGAGGCAUCGGCGCUCAUAGUGCUGAAGAUUUCGAGACCUUGAAGGCCUUUGCAGCAGAGCCCUGGCGCUUUGCCGCGCCUUCCUUCGCCCGGGAAGAACCCGCAAAACAUGAAGUUGGGGUUGUGCCAGGGAGAAUGCCAAGCCGAUCCGAGGAGAAUGCGAAGCUGCCGCGCUCCCUGAUGCAGCGGAGCUUUUCGCUACCAGCCCUUGGCACAAUCCCGUCGCGUUGCGCAAUGUCGCGGAGUCAGAGCUUCUGCUCAUCUCCACGGAUGGAACUGGACGUCGCUCACGACGAUUCGGUGCCAGACCUUUGUUUGAUUGGGAUGGAGGACUGAGUUCAGGGGCAGCACGGCCCGUGAGUUUGAAUCCCGGCGCAGAGUUGUCCAAAGCGACGGAAACUUGCCGACCGCGAAAAGUCGACGGCGCAGAAAUGGCAAGGGGAUCGCGGGGAA